UCAAUUCAAAUGUUUUGAAACCGAAGAAGCUUCAAAAAUCGCGACAAGAAAAUGUUGAUGAAGCAUUAAUUCAGUGGUUUAAAACCAUGAGAAACAAAAAAAUGCCUAUCAGCGGCCCUAUGCCGCAGGAAAAGGCAAACGUUUUUGCCGCGCGUUUUGGUAUUCUCGAUUUCAAUUGUUCUGCAAGCUGGAUCAGUCGUUUUAAAGUUGGACAUAACAUUGUGGCGGGAAAAAUUGUUGGCGAAUCUUCGUCUGUUGAUCAAAAUUCAACAACAAACUGGUUAACAACUGUGUGGCCGAAUCUACGAAGACAGUUUUCUGAUGAUGAGAUAUUUAAUGCUGAUGAAACUGGACUGUUUUACAAAUUAAUCUAUUAUGAGUGGCACAAAAAAAAAGAAAUUGCUCACUAUUCGAAGUCACAAAAACCCAGAUGUUUCAAAGGUGUCAAAUCAUUACCUGUCGAUUAUGCUAACAAUCGUAAAGCUUGGAUGACAUCAGAACUUCUUGAAAAAUGGCUUCGAGAUUGGGAUCGUGAUCUGGUGAAGGAGAAGAAAAAGAUUUUAUUGCUGGUUGAUAAUUGCCCGGCGCAUCCAAAUGUUACUGAUUUAAAGUCUAUAACACUUGCUUUCCUUCCGCCGAAUACAACAUCAGUACUACAGCCAAUGGAUCAGGGAAUAAUACGAGCAAUCAAAACGAAUUUUAGAAAGAACCUUGUGCUCAAUAUGAUUAACUGUCUUUCUGCUAAUGACAACAACCCUUCUACAAAAAUAACGAUGCUAGAUGCAAUUCUGAUGGUUAAUGAUGCCUGGAAUAAAAUGUCACAAAGUACCAUUCACAACUGUUUCAGACAUGCAGGAUUCAUUGAAAGACACGACGGUUUACCUAAUCAAAUAUCAGAACAUGAAUUUGAUGAAGAAGAUGAAGUCCCUUUAUUUUUGUGGUCACGAAAUCCAAAUUUAGAUUCUUUAGCAGCACCGGUAAUGUGGGAAGAUUAUGUUGACAUCGAUAGCGCUCUCCUCACAUCCGAAGAACACACCGAUGACAAUAUCGUACAGAACAUUAAUGCUAAGGAACAACUUGAAAGUGAUGGCGAAGAGGAAGUCGAGGAAGAACCAUUACCUACCGCAGAAGAGGCAUUAAAAGCUGCAGAAUUAUUAUCCCGAUUUGUUAAUAGCAAUAUUGAAAACGAUAAUUUGACCAUGGCGAUGUCUUCUAUACACAAUAAUCUUAGAGACUAUUUUUACUAUAAAAUGAAAAAACAAAAGCAGACAAAAAUUACAGAUUAUAUUCAUUAAAAAAUACACUUGUAUGUGUAUAAUGUGUACGUAAUAAACGUGCAAUUUUGAUUUCAUUAGUUACUAUGUUUCUCUAUUAAAUUAAAUACAUACAUAAAAAUGUUUUCUUUUCACAAACCGCUUUGUAUGACGUACGGUUAUUAUGACGUGUUUGUCGAUUCCCUUCAUUAUAAACGGAUUCCACUGUAUUUAAAUGGACCUUGCUGGAGCAUACGUAAUCCUAAAAUGUAGCAUCGUACUACAGAUGGCGUUUACUGCGCCAUUUGUGGUAUUUUCUAAUUUCUCUGAUGAAUAUAUUUUGUUGAGUGUAGGUUGUGAAACCAACAGACACUAAUUGUUCUCAUAAUCCCAAACAGGUACACUACACAUAAUAUAAAUAUUGUAACAGUUUGAUGCGAAUAGAAAAAACAACCUGAACAGACAAUGGACAACAUUUCUCAGUUAAAUUAAAAUUAUGAAUUUUAUUGCUAAUGUCACUGAGCUGCUUAAAAUUUUCAUUUUCCAGGCUACCGAUAAGACAUUUCCUUUAAUAACUUUGGUUUACUGAUGUACUAAAUUUUGGAAUACUAUAUUUUUCUGAUUCUUCAACUUUCCCUAUAACACGCUCCACACUACUUAACGGAACCUCUGCAACAGCACUCACUCUAGUUUUCACAGCCUUUAAAUUUAACUUAACAUUUUUGUCUGCUUGUAAAUUAACUAUGAACAUAAAAACAUUGUAUAUUGCUUCUUUAGUUUGAUUUUGAAGAACUUUAUUUCGUCCCAAGUUGUCUAUUACAGAAAUCGCCUUUGAUAGUUCUCCACAAUAAACACUAUUGUUAACAGAUAAAGUUGAAGUAAC